AUGAGCCCCGUCUCUCAAUACUCCCUACCCCAAUCCAAUCCUCUACAAACUCCUACAAACGCCGAACAUUCCCGACCUGCACAAAUCAAUGCAAGAGCUGCCGAGUUAAAGGCGAGACUUUUGAAGGGGAGGGAAGGACGCUCAGGUACCCCUCCAGUGCUGCCUGGAAAGAGUGCCAGCGCCAAAACGCCGAUAUCUGCAAAUCCGGCAAGCUCGUUGCGCGGUUCUCCUAAAACCCCCUCAAACGUGACUGAAAACAAUGAGCGAGCUCUCAAUGCGCUCAUCUCAGAAUUUUCGGCCCCCCAACCAAACCCAGCAUCAUCCUUACCUGAAGCAAAGUCUACUGAAAACCCUGCGUCUAGUUCCAAACCAAAAAUGCCAUCCCGAUCGUCGAGUUCUACCACUACGCGCGCACUUUCCCUAGGGAGUCCCAAGACAGUUUCCAAACCUGCUAGUAAUAGCAUCGUGGCUAAGAAAAACGGCGUUGAUACUGCAGUGAUUUCAAAUGGUGAUGGCCGUAAUCUUCGUUCACGCUCCGUUUCAGAGAUAUCCGAGGGAGAGAUAGUUGAAGACGCGCCGCCUGAAAAGCCGCCACCAAAAGAUUCGAACAAAUCUCUGUCUGCGCCCAAUAACACCGAUAGGCAGGCUAUAAACGGCCAGGCGCAAAACGAGCAGAUACCCAAACCGACUCCAGGCCGACCUUCUCACCGAGAGGCGACUUCAACACGGGUUGACUUACCGACCCAGCCAAGAUCUCAACGUCUUAACGAGCAUCGAGAUGAGCCAUCCCGACAGGAACGGAUUCCCCAACAAAACCGGCAGCCGGAGCGGAAGGCAUAUAAUGAGAAUGAAAGAGAGAUAUAUUCCCAACGGGAAAAACCCACACCGGAGUCAAGAUAUCGGACUGGACAGAGGGCCUACCUCGAGUCAGAAAGAGAACCUCAACCAUCGCGUAAGCAAUCUGGCGACGAAAGUUUCAGCAAACCGGAACAGUCCUUGGUAUUGAGAAAAGAACCUGAGCAGUCCAUGGUGGUGAGGGAAGAAGAGCCCGCAGCUCCGCGCUCAAUCGUUGGCCCGGUUCCUGAAGAUCAGGAUGUGAGAGAGUGGCUCAUAGUUACAGGUUUUCAUAACGUAGAAUACAGAACUAAGGUUUUAGAACGUCGACGCAAACUUGCAGCUUUGGACGAAGAGCGGAGGCAGCUCAUAGAGGAGAUUGCCAUCGAAGAAAGAGGCGCAAUAGCACCCACACCCGUCCAAGCGUCUAUGAUGCCACCUCCGGGCCAGAUCAAGAUUGAGGUCGCGAGAAUUAACAGCCAAAUUCUUCCGUCUCGAAGUACACCAAGCCAAUCUAAUAAGCGCUCUCAUAGCGAUGUGGGAGAUUCGCCAAAACAAAUGGCUGUAAAGGUAGCCCGCACUAAUGAACGUGUUUCAGAAGUUGGAUAUAGGGAAAGCGAGGGUUUUGAGCCCAACCGACCUAGAUCGGAUGGCACCUCCCGACGAUCAUCUUUCGAUCGCCGUGACGGUCGACCCAGAGAACCAUCACGUACGAGGUAUGAUGAUGAUCGUAAGAUCCGAAGUCGGGGCAAUAGCCGUGAACGAGAUCAAUCACCUGGUCGUAGACCAUAUGAGAUCAGAUCACGACCUUACAAUUAUGAUGAAUCUUAUGAGCAAGACGAGCGCCCUAGUGGUCCUCGAGCAAGUGGUUAUCAAGGAUUUAAUUAUGAUCCGGAAUAUAGAGGCAGAGGUCGUGGUGGACGUGGUGGUCGAGGUGGUCGUGGUAGAGGGCGCGGCGAUGCUUACGAAGCCAAAACUGCGAAGCCCUUGAGGGGUAGCAAAGCUAGUUAG